AUGUUGAAUAUAUUUAAUAAAUUAAAUUUAAGAAAUAAUGGCUGUAACGGUUACAAAUGUUUAAUAAAAAAAAUUUGCGAAUCUACGGAUAAUAUUCAACAAUUUUGCUUUGAUAGCAAUGAAGAGAUUUUGGAAAAUUUUAUAAAUAAUAUAUAUUUAAUUAGUAUAAAUUUACCGUCUAGGAAAAAUCGUUUAACUGCAAGUGCAUUAGAAAAACUUGAUCACUGCUUAAAAAACUUUGAUACGAAAAAUAAUUUAUCGGUAGCUGUUUUGCACGGAUGUGGCGGGAAUUUUUGUACUGGAAUUGAAUCUAGUCAAGAAGCUAAUGAAAAUGGUUUACAGUUAAUAAAGACAUUAAAUAAUUUAAAAAAGCCAAUAAUUGGAUCACUUCAUGGUAACAUUAAAGAAUUCGGUUUUCAACUUGCAGUUAUGUGUGAUUUAACUGCAAUAGAUGAAACUGCAUUUAUAGGAAUUGGAAGUAAUCGAAAUAGGCAUGUUAUGCCAGAUAUUAUUUAUAGAAAACUUUGUUCUUCCAUUGGGCUUACCAGAGCAAUGGAGAUUACAUUGCCGAAUUUCACAUUAAAUGCAAAAGAUGCUUGUCAAAUCGGUUUGGUCACUAAAAUUUCUGAAUGUGGUACUGGUAGGAAUAUUUUUUUAUCCUUUAAUUAUUUUCACAUUUUUUACUGA